AUGGCAUCGAACGCAAAAAAGUGGCCCUCGAGGGAAGGCUUCACGGCUGAUGUACUUGGCAAAUUGAUAUCCCGCACUUUGCUGGACCCAUGGAAGAUCCUCCCUAUCCUCGCACUAGCUCAAUACACAGCCCAAGGCCGUGAAUAUAUGCAACAGCACCCAUAUCUCGACAAGAUCCUCAAAGUAUUGGCAGCACAAGCUGCCAUCAGCCGUCUAAGCCACUGGCUCGACAGACGCACACUUAACAACCGCGUCAGCGACCACUACAAUUGGAACCGCGAAGUUGUCAUCCUCACAGGCGGCAGCAAUGGCAUCGGGCGACGCAUCGCCCAACAACUCGGCGAACGCGACAUCAAAGUCGCCAUCCUGGACAUAGUCCCCCCACCAACCGACGACAUCCUGCCCAACAGUGUCCGCUUCUACGAAUGCGACAUCACCUCUCCCUCCGACAUCACCGAAGUAGCCACCAAAGUCCGCGCUAGCCUCGGCCGACCCACCAUCCUCAUCAACAACGCUGGCAUCCUUACCGGCCAAACCAUCUUGAAAACCACCGUCGCCACAACCCGCCGCAUGUUCGAGGUCAACGCGCUGGCCCACUACUGGCUCGCACAGGAAUUCCUCCCGGACAUGAUUGAGGCUAACCACGGCAUGGUCGUCACCGUUGCUUCUCAGGCGGGCUACACUGUCACGCCGAAUAUGGUCGAUUACUCGGCUAGUAAGGCGGCGGCGAUUGCGUUCCAUGAGGGUCUUGGUGCGGAGCUGGUUACGCGGUACCAGGCGCCAAAGGUUCGUACUGUGCUUGUGACGCAGGGCUUUACGAGGACUACAUUGAUUAAGAACUUGACGCCGGAUGAUACUUGGAUUAAUCCAUUGCUUCAUCCGGAGACGGUGGCGGAGGAGACGGUCAGGCAGGUGUUGAAGGGGGAGAGCGGACAUGUUGUUGUACCUGGUUCGGCCGGGUGGAUUUCUACGAGCUUUAGAGGGUUUCCGUUGUGGAUGCAGCAUUCGUUGCGGUGUCAGUUGGAGAAAUUGAUGAGGGCUGGUUAG